ACCCUGAACGUCCGUUUCGGCGUGGCUUAUACGGUCUCUUGGUUUCAGCAGCUGGUUGGGCAAAUAACAGAGGAACCAAAACUAAACCCCCCGCUCCGGCGCAUAUGGAUCGACUCAAUUUGUAUCAACCAGGACGAUGUCGAGGAGCGAUCGUCUCAGUCAAGAUCCGUUAAGACUUUAAUUUGGCCCGGGCCACAAAUAUCGCCAUCAGCGUCGGACUUUGCGUGGCGGUUUUUGGACCAGAUUUAUUCCAUUUUCGAAGCUCAGAAUCCCCACGCUACCGAGCAGACCGAAAUUUCUGGACAAAUUUACUCGGAUAUAUUUCAUGUAAACUUUGGCCUUCCCGCAUGGGAUCUUCGGUGGUUCUCACGGGUUUGGGUGAUCCGGGAAAUGGUGCUGUCGCCCCAAAAUCCGUUGCUUUUAUACGGCAAACAAUCUUACCCCUGGCAUCGCCUUGGCUGGGCAAUAACAUGGCCUCAUCGAAAGGGGUACACCAGGUUGUCACGAAUUCCCGCCGAAACGCUGAACGUUAAUACCAUGUGCCUCUUUCGACGCUCCCGCGAAAAGUGGUCACUCGACGCACUCAUAUAA